AUGCUCGAUAGCGGUUGCCGGACAUGGGGUGUCGUCAUCCAGUGGGCGCGUACUGCGUGUGAAACCGAACAGGGGAUUCCGUUUGAUCGUGCCCAGUGGAAUCCAUGGUAUAGAUUAUGUAUUAUGGUUGACGAGGAGACGUUGCAGUCCGUUCUGGACAUUCCACCUGAGGAUGUGGACAGCUAUAAUAGCACUGGCUUUGUGAUUCUGAUCGAUGGUACGUGGCAGCCAUAUCUCCUGAGUGAAGAAGAUUUAGAGGGUUAUAUCAGCCCUCCACCGGAGAAUGAUUUCGAGCCAGUCCAGGGGUGCACGCUGGAAGAUGUAGGCUGGAUGAAGGUGCACUGUCAUCGGGCUCAAAUAGUGGCUUCUGCUCAUAUUUGCGAUGGCGGUGACUGGGAGAGGGAGUAUAGUCGUCCUCCUGAGAUUGGUUUCUUCUGA